CCAGUUCCCGAGUCAGCUGUUCAGUUGAGAAACAAACAUUUGCAGUGCUAUUUUCAUUUCAAAAUUAAAUAAAAUCUACCUCAAGGACCAAAAACUAGUGCAAACAAAAGCAAUUUUUUCAACAUUUGACAAAUAAUGACGACAAGCAACUGCAUUUUCUGUGAUAUAUCCAGUGGCCAGGACUCGGGCACCGUAUUGGAGACUGAAACGGAUGAAUUUGUUAUUUUCAAGGAUAUUAAGCCUGCGUCACAGCAUCACUAUUUGGCAGUGACUAAACAGCACGUCCCGAGCCUUAAGUUUCUCGACAAAUCCCACCAGGACCUGGUUACACGGCUGGAAGAGGGCCUCAGGGAGUUCUUGAAGGGACGGGGAGUGUCCAGCGAGGACGUGUUGUUCGGCUUUCACCUGCCGCCGUUCAUCAGCGUGCGCCACCUUCACAUGCAUGCCAUUGCCCCGCGCUCGGAAAUGGGCUUCCUAUCGAGACUAGUUUUCCGGCCGUCCUCGGUGUGGUUUAAAACGGCCGACGAGGCGCGAUUGUAUCUGGCGCAGAAGGAAAGUUUACAGUCCAACUAGAGGAUCAGCGGUCUUCAAUUUCCCAGCAAAAGUGUUAUAUUUAAGAAAGUGCCAAUGAAAAAUAAAGAUAAAUCAAAUAAUCGUUUAAAAUGUAAA